GCAUUUUUUACCCCAAUGUUAAGAACACGUGGCAUCGAAGCAUUUUAGGCGAGUUGCCAAGUUCAUUUCGGUUUCCACAGCGCAUCGAGAGAACAGCAAGAUGAAGCUUCCCGCUGUGUCGUUUCUGAUGGCGAUUGCCGCUGUCUUCGUGCACAUGCCGGCCGUGGUGGAGAGUAACCUGGCGGGUGUCGACUUCGGCGGCGAGUUCUUCAAGAUCGCGCUCGUAAAGCCAGGCAAACAGUUUGAGAUUGUUACCAAUGUGCACAGCAAGCGAAAGACCGAGACGAUCGUGUCAUUCAAUGGCGAAGAACGCCUUUUUGGAGCUGACGCCAUGAACAUUGAAGUCCGUCGACCACAAAUGGCCUACUCUCAGAUCCGCCGCCUGCUUGGGACGACCGUGACGCAUCCUGUCGUCGAAUCCAUGGUAAAGUCCGAGUACUUUCCAUACACAUUGACGCACAACGACACUCGCGGGUCCGUCGCCCUCAAGCACGACGACCAGUUCACAUUCCACGCCGAAGAACUUGUUGCAAUGGUUUUCACCCAUGCAAAGACCAUCACAAACGAGUUUGCAGAGAGCCCAGUGAGGGACUGGGUAGUGACUGUGCCAAGCUACUUUGUCGAAGCCCAGCGCCAAGCUGUGAUCGACGCUGCGGAAAUCGCUGGCAUUCGUGUGUUGUCGUUGAUUGACGAAAACACGGCCGCCGCUCUCCAACAUGCGUUGGCGAUCGAAACCCCUCAAGCUGGAAAGCCGACGCGCGUGCUCUUGUACAACAUGGGAUCCACGUCGCUUCAAGUGUCGCUGGUCGAGUACUCGAGCCGCAUUGUGCCUGACGGGUUCAAGAAGAACAAAACGGUUAUUGACUUCGAAGUUCUCGGUAAAGCUUGGGACGACACCCUUGGCGGGUCGCAAUUUGACCUCCGCCUCGCAGACAAGUUUGCCGACGAGUUUAACACAAAGCUCAAGAAGGGUGACGACGUGCGUCAAGUUCCACGCGCGAUGGCCAAGCUUCGUGCUGCGGCCCGCAAGACCAAGAUUGUGCUGAGCGCAAACGAAGAGAUCCCUGUUGUCGUGCCGAGUUUGCAUGCCGAUUUGGACUUCAAGAGCAGUGCCAAACGCGGCGAGUUUGAAGCGUUGUGUGCCGACUUGUUUGGUCGUGCGUUGGGCCCCGUUGAGGCUGUGCUGAAAAAGACUGGGCUGGCCAAGACCGACCUUGACGCGAUUGAAAUCAUUGGCGGUGGCGUACGCAUUCCCAAAAUCCAGUCGGUGCUCAAAACAUACUUUGAGCGGGACUUAGGUCUCCAUUUGAACGGCGAUGAAGCGAUGGCUCUCGGCGCGGCCCUCCACGGCGCCAACUUGAGCACGGCAUUCCGCGUGCGCCACAUCGGCAUGACUGACGUUGCAUCGUUCCCCAUCGGUGUCCGUCUUGUCGAUUUGCACCACGAGCACGCUCCAUCGACGAAUGAAGACGCCGAGGAAAAGCACUGGGUCAAGCGCGCGUCCUUGUUUGGCGAAUAUCAACGUCUCAACGUCAAGAAGUCUGUCGCGUUUGCGCACUCGACCGAUGUGAGCUGCACAUUUCGAUAUGACCAGCCGUCGGGUCUCCCGGCUGGCACGUCGGCAUUGAUCUCUCGCUACAACAUCACAGGGAUCGAAGCUUUUGCGACCAAGCACGCUGACAAGCAGUUGGGCGAACCCAAGGUGACCCUCACGUUCUCGUUGGACGCCAGCGGGUUGGCCAGCAUCGUCAAGGCGGAAGCUACGUUGGAAGAAGAAGUCGAGGUCGUGGAGAAGAAGAAGAUUAAGAAGGACAAGAAGGAAGCGAAGAAGGACGAAAAGAAUGACGACAAGAAGGAUGCUGAGGCGGACGACGCCGACGACAAGAAGGACGACAAGGAAGCGGCUAAGGACGCUGACGAGGACGAAUAUGAAGAAGUCAAGACCAUGCAAAAGAAGGUCCACCGAGCGACGUUGACUGUCGUGCGCGCCGACGACAUUCACCGCGCCGACGCUGGCAUGUCGAUCUUGCCCAUGAGCGUUCGCACCAAGCAGGAAUCGAUUGCCCUUUUGAGCGAACUCGACAAGGCCGACAACAUCCGCAAAACGAAUGCGGAAGCCAAGAACCGCCUCGAAUCGUUUGUGUACGAAGCCCGCGAGUACUUGAGUCAGCAUGAAGACGUGUUGACGGCGGUGAGCACCCCUGAGCAACGUGAGAAGCUGUCGUCGGAAGUCGACUCAACGGAGGAAUGGUUGUACGACGAUGGCGACAACUUGGACGCGAAGGCGUACAACGAACGCUUCACUCCCCUGCGCGCUCAGUUGGAUGCGUUGGAGUUCCGUGUGAGUGAAGUGACGGCGCUGCCCGAAGCGAUCAACAAAGCCGAACAAUAUGUGAUCUCGACAAAGGAUUUGAUGGAGCAAUGGGUGACGGAGAAGCCGCAAGUGACGGACGCGGAGCGCGCCGACAUUGUCGCCAAAGUUGAUGAAUUGGCGACGUGGGUUCAGGAGGAAAAGGUCAAGCAGGAUGCAGUCGCGAAACACGAAAUGCCCGUGCUGACGUCGGGUCAAGUCCUCAAGAAGAUCUCCUCGGUCAAGAAAUUGGUGACUGCGCUGAGCAAGAAGCCCAAGCCAGUCGAAAAGAAGAAGGACGAUGAGAAGAAAAAGGCCAAGGACAAUUCGUCCACGGCAACGGAAGGCGAAGCCACCAACCUUGAUGACGUGGCUGCGGAAGGAAAGAAAGAUGCCGACACCGACGUCAAGAAGGACGACGGCGCGGCCACAGAUGACGUCCAGACUGCUUCGGAUGACAAGAAGAAAGAUGAGCUGUAGCGAACAACAACGUAAAAUAUACUCUUCCUCCUCGUUCCAGAAA